AAAAAAUAAUCAUAAUGAAAACAAAAAUCCGCAUAAUUGUCAGUAGCUUCUUCUGGGUCUGAUCGCGACGAGAUAACGAAUCUGAAGCGCCUCCCCCUCCCCCUCUCUAUUUUUACAAUCCGAUCCCAAACCCAAACUUGGAAUUCCAAUUCACAAUUCGCAGAGCCCUCCGGCGCGGCGCACAAUUCUGGCGCGAAAUUGGUUUCAAACUAGGACUGGGUCAACCGUUCCGGCGAGGUACGAAAUUGAUUCAGAUUAAAGGUGUGUUGGAGGAGGGAUUCUGGAUUUGGAUUUGGUUUGACCGGAGAAGGAGUGAAAAGAAAAGAGAUAAGGAAAAUUGAUGGAUCGAGUUUAGGUUGAUAUAUGUGAAUGGCGACUCCGGUUGAGCCUCCGAAUGGGGUUAGAUCCCAAGGAAAGCAUUAUUUUUCAAUGUGGCAGACCUUGUUUGAGAUUGAUACCAAAUACGUGCCGAUAAAGCCGAUUGGGAGAGGAGCCUACGGCAUCGUGUGCUCUUCUGUGAACAGAGAGACCAACGAGAAAGUUGCGAUUAAGAAGAUCAACAAUGCCUUUGAGAACCGGAUUGAUGCGCUGAGGACUCUGCGAGAAUUGAAGCUGCUGCAGCAUCUCAGGCAUGAAAAUGUCAUUGCUUUGAAAGAUGUGAUGAUGCCGAUUCAGAGGAACAGCUUCAAGGAUGUGUAUUUGGUGUAUGAGCUCAUGGAUACGGAUCUCCAUCAGAUUAUUAAAUCGUCUCAGCCACUUUCGAAUGAUCAUUGCCAGUAUUUCCUGUUUCAGCUGCUUCGAGGCCUAAAGUAUCUCCAUUCUGCAAACAUUCUCCAUCGUGAUUUGAAGCCUGGCAAUCUUCUUAUCAACGCAAACUGUGACCUUAAGAUAUGUGAUUUUGGGCUAGCACGUACUAGCAAAGGGAAGGACCAGUUCAUGACCGAGUAUGUUGUCACUCGUUGGUAUAGGGCUCCAGAGCUCCUCCUGUGCUGCGAUAACUAUGGAACUUCCAUUGAUGUAUGGUCUGUUGGAUGCAUCUUUGCUGAGCUUCUUGGCCGUAAGCCUAUCUUCCCUGGGACAGAAUGUCUCAACCAACUUAAACUUAUAAUUAACAUCCUUGGCAGCCAGAGGGAGGAGGAUAUUGAAUUUAUAGACAAUCCAAAGGCGAAGAAGUACAUCAAGUCAUUGCCAUAUUCUCCUGGGACGCCCUUCUCCUGUCUUUACCCUGAUGCCCAUCCUUUGGCCAUUGAUCUACUACAGAAGAUGCUUGUUUUUGACCCAUCAAAGAGGAUCGGUGUCACUGAAGCACUCCAACACCCUUACAUGUCCCAAUUGUAUGAUCCCAAUGGUAACCCUCCCGCAGAGGUACCAAUUGAUCUUGACAUAGAUGAGGACUUGGGAGAAGAGAUGAUAAGGGAGAUGAUGUGGAGGGAAAUGCUUCAAUAUCAUCCUGAAGCUGUUACAAGCAAUGGUCAAGUGUAUUCCUAAACAUCUUGUUUCUAGCUUCGGCAAAGAGGCCUUGGAAGCUGUUUUUGGUGUGAAUACGAAAGGUUAAAAUCUUUGUUAUCGUUUCAGCUAGCUUCAUUUAUCGUUUCCCUCCUAAUAAUCUUGAAGCAGCAUGCAUCAGUGGGUUUCGUCUCCUCGGAUAGCUUGCUUAUAAGUUAUAAGCUACGGUGAGCCUCAGCCCUGCAUGUAGGCGGUUGUUUAAGUUUUGUAUAUAGGUCUGUUGUUGUAUUCUAUGUAUCUGGGAGUUAUUUCCGUUUGUAAUUAGAGAACCACGAAGAUACUAUUUUUAAUUUUGUUCACCUAAAUUUUGUAUGGUGGAACUGCACUUUUACCAUCGA